UCUUCUGGGGCAUCCGGAAUAUUUUCCAACGGACCAAGCUGCCGGAAGUUGAAAGUUCUUACCGUUCAUGUGGGUUCAUGUUCAUGUUGACAACAAAAAGUGUCUCUGAAGAUUUAUACAUUAAUAAUAAGGAUUCACUAACGAGCUUCAAAAUAAAACAUGUCCGACAACGAAGAUAACUUCGACGACGGAGAUUUUGAUGACGCAGAAGAGGAUGAGGGAUUAGAUGACCUGGAAAACGCGGACGAUGAGGACCAGGAGAACGUGCAGAUCCUACCCGCAGGAGAGGGCCAGCAGGCCAACCAGAAGAGGAUCACAACACCUUACAUGACCAAAUAUGAGCGAGCCAGAGUGCUUGGGACACGAGCUCUCCAGAUAGCGAUGUGCGCUCCAGUCAUGGUGGAGCUGGAGGGAGAAACAGACCCCCUGCAAAUAGCUAUGAAAGAGCUCAAGGGCAGAAAGAUCCCCAUCAUCAUCCGCAGGUACCUUCCCGAUGGCAGUUAUGAGGACUGGGGCUGUGACGAGCUCAUCAUAACUGACUAACUGACUAAACAAUAUGCUGGUCCACACCCACCAUCGCAUCAGGUCAGUCAGGUACACAAACCCAGACGAUGCCUAAGGCGAUGCGAGUAUCCCCCACCUGUUCAUGCCUCAAUUUGAUCCACAAACAUCCAUCUCAUCAGGCGAGUCUGUGAGCCGGUGAAAAAGGAAUACAUGAAAUGUACCAAACGGACACUAGAAGACUCAUGAAAACCAGAACAGUGUGUUGCUUGCAGGUGUACUGUAUAAUUCUGUGAUCUGACUUGUUAUAUUCUCAAUCUUUUUGUUGUCAUGCCACACAACUCAGUUAAAAUCUAAGUUUAAAGGACAAAUCCGGAGCUAAAUAAACCUAGGGGUUAAUUCCAUAUGUGUACCGAGUCGACCGUUCUCUGGGAUGUUUUCAUGUUAAUCGAAUGUGAGCAGUUUCAUCGCAAACCACUAAUUAGCUUCUAACGCUAGUCAUAUACAGGCAGGCGCCAUCUGGGGAAAACAGUCACGACCAGUCGAACGACAAACCCUCAUUAUGCUACCAUGGAAGUGGGGUGAUAUUUUGAGCCUUGUUAGUGAUGUAGGAAUAGAAAUUUCUUUUUACUUUCCCCGUGCCCUGACGAGUAGCAUUAUAAGCUAAUUAGCGGUUUGGUCUCAACUCGGUACACGUGUUAUUAACCCCUAGGUUCAUUUUGCGCCGGAUUUGUCCUUUAAAUCUACAGUACUUCUCUAACUUCUUUACUAGUUGCAUUAUAAUUAAGAGCCACAAGGGGGAAAUAUAACUUAAGUCAAACAUUUGCUUUGUUUUAAAAAAUAAUCCUGUGUUGUAAUUAUUCCAUUUGUUGUUUUGAAGGAGAGGUGAUUAGUGUCAAAGAACUGUUUUAUUGUUAUUAAUAAACUCUUUUGUAUAAAU